GUUUGCGUCACGGAUCUGUGUGUGAGCGCAUGUCAGUCAAGGUGCUGCUGGGAAGCUGGGCAAGCAUCGCUACAUCAAUAAUUGGGUGAUUUGGCCGCCGGGUGUGGAAGCCUGGUCUUGGCCCCGGACACUAGCCCAUUGAGGACGGCCCAGCUAGCUGGGGGUGCCGUGAGAGGGGUGUGUGUGUGUGGGGGGGGGGGGGGGGCACGGUGUCGCAGGGCGGGCGUGAUGAGCGGGAAGAGCCUGCUGCUGAAGGUGAUCCUGCUGGGCGACGGCGGCGUGGGCAAGUCGUCGCUGAUGAACCGCUACGUGACGGACCGCUUCGACUCGCAGUCCUUCCACACCAUCGGCGUGGAGUUCCUGAACCGGGACCUGGAGGUGGACGGGCGGCUGGUCACCCUGCAGAUCUGGGACACGGCGGGCCAGGAGCGCUUCAAGUCCCUGCGCACGCCCUUCUACCGCGGCGCCGACUGCUGCCUGCUCACCUUCGCCGUGGACGACGUGCAGAGCUUCCAGAACCUGGGCUGCUGGAAGAAGGAGUUCAUGUACUACUCGGACGUCAAGGACCCCGCCCGCUUCCCCUUCGUGGUGCUGGGCAACAAGGUGGACAGGGAGGAGCAGCGGCAGGUGGGCCUGGAGGAGGCGCGCGCCUGGUGCGAGGAGAACAGCUGCUGCCCCUACUUUGAGACCAGCGCCAAGGACGACACCAACGUGGCGGCGGCCUUCGAGGCGGCGGUGCGCGAGGUGCUGGCCGCAGAGGACCAGAUCGACCACGCGCUGCUGGGCAGCACCAUCGACCUGCACGGCAACCGCAAGUCCACGCGCUCGUCUUGCUGCUGAUUGGGCCGAGCGUGGAUCACUGGAUCGGUCCCCCCCCCACCCCUCGCCCCCCACCUCCUCCUCCUCCUCCUCUUCCUCCUCCUCCUCCUCUUGAAAUGCUUUUGCAGGCCUCUGGUCGAGGUUGGUGAAAGUAGGGCAGUGUUCAUCACGUGUGUUACAUGAAGGUACGAGCGACGGGGGGGGUGCGUUACUUAAAGAUUACGUGGUGACUUGCAGCUUAAUGUAGCGGUUACCGGCCCACGGAUGUGGCUGGCAUUCAGACGGCCAACUCGGUUGAACCCCGCUGCGGUACGUCGUUAAUGGCACACUUGUCAUCCCAUCUUCGAUUCUCUGCUUCCAGCAGUGUUGCACAAGAAGCGUGUACUCUUGAGGCGGGUUAACCUUUCGCCUGCCUGCACAGGCGUUUUUGAUCAAACGGCCCCUCUUAAUAGUGAUUCAUCUUAAUCUGUGUGUUCAUCUACUCGACAUGAGAGCAUAUUCUCUGCAUCCUAUCUUCCACAUAAGCACAGUCUGCUUUGAGGCACAGCACACCCUAAUUUCCCUGGUACUUGUGCAGCUAAUGGUAAUCUCUGUGUUUAGUAAGGUGGUACCUCUGAUGGUCCUUCUGUAUACUGCACCAGUCCAUCUCACUGUCAGACCUGUCUCUGUGGUCGUCUGCUAGCUACUGGCAUUUAGCCAGCGGGGACAAAGAGCUUUGUGAAACACGCUUCUCCCCAAUCACCCUGCUGUUGCAUGAGGACUGACGACACCCGUUAAGGUGUUCAUACAUAUCUUAAGGAUGCUAGGGUGCAGCUCCCAAACAAAAAAAGGGAAGAAGGUGAUUUGUCUUCAAAGGGAAGUGAAAUGUGAGAUUGAAGCACAGUCUACAUAAGCACUCGUGAUUUUAUUGUCAGUAUGCCUGUAACGGCGACCCAAACUGUAUUACUGGGCAUUGUUGGCACAUGGCUUCAGUUUUAGAUAGUGAUGCAUCACUCAUUUAUUUCCACUGCCAAUACCAGUAACAAGUUCAAUGCUGAGUACCAACAGGGCUUGUACAUUGGAAUGCAUCGUGGGAUUGGGCAAGCAACACACGAGCAUAGUGGGAGGCCUCAUCUGAGUGUAAUUCUAAGUCAACCGUCUAAUAAAGUCUAAUGAAAACGUUGUUUUGCCAUGUCUCCUGUGAGAAGUGCUGUGGCAGUUUCCAACACAGCAAUGUCUACCAUUAUGACAAAUGAUUUCACGAUAAAUUACCUGACACUGACCAUAGAAACAAGACUUCUUGCAUAAUAACUAACAUCAAAUGCUCCUAUAUGCUCUCAAGAUGAGAGCACUCAUUGCCAUGUUCAAGCCCUAAACAAUCAAUUGGUUAUAGAAAACAGAAUAGACUGCUUAGGCGGAUAGUCUUAAGAACAUUGAAAUGGAAAUUAAUUAAAUUCGUAAGGCAGAAAGUCUUGUCAAUUGUCAUUAAUAUCUGCCACAUUUGAUAGAGGCCCUCCUAGGCCCCAGUGCAUGCAUUUUGGUCAUUUUUGGCCUGGAUUUAGACACUUCAAGACCACCAUUAUGCAUCUUGUUUAUGUUCCUCAAAUUACCCGAUUUUUUUUUUUUGGUCAAGUUUUGUUAUGGCCAUGGGAUAUAAAAAAAAUGCUAAUUAAGACGUCAUUGACUUUGAGCAUAUGCUAUUGGGUUUGUCCAGUUAUACUUUUUUUUUGUUUUGUUUUUGUGGUGUUUUAUGUAGAAUUUUUUUUUUUUUUGGUUUACAGUGAGACAUGUUACCUACUUUAUCCUUCUAUUCCCUCAGAUAAUAUCGACUGGUACUUGGGCCACCAUUUAGGCCCUUUAGCGAUUUCUAAAAUCAGAUUCCCUACAUUACCACUGCAUUACUAUAAUGUCUGCCUUGUAUCGUCAAUUUGCGCAUUUUAAGUGUCAGCUGAAGAAUGUGAAAUAGCCUGAGCACAAAGCAACCAAUGUUACUGUGUGGAUUGUGUGUGUGCUUGUGUGCGUCUCCUCUGUGUUACAAAUGAGUAUCCUCAAGAAAUGCCCUCUGCUGCCUAACUGUAUGCUGUAUUGUUGAUGGCACUUUUUUAUCACGUUCAAUGUAAGCUUGCUUUCCACCACAAACGUUUUGUCUGUUGGGGUUUUUACGACAGUUGUUAUACAGCUUCGAGCCUGGAAAAAUAACGGCUGACAUUUUUAUUUUAUUGCUACAAUAGUGUUUUGUUGUCUUCAUAUAUUUCAGUGUUGCAUCAUAAGGAUGAAUUCCUUAAGUUGCUUGUGUUCACAGCUUUUCAUCUGCUCUUUUUGCAGUGUAUUGACCUCUGUCUGAGGUUCUCCUUUCAGCUGAAAGGGAAGGACACGCGUUGUCACAAAAGGUCUACUUUAAUAAACGUAACCGGUACUGUAGUCGACUUUACUUAAGAGGCCUUCUUUGUCUGGCUACUCCAGAACAGCUUGUCCUCAAAGGAUACAAAGGAUAUACUGUGGUGUAUUGAGGCUAGGUUGGGGAUGUAUUGGAAGAGAUUAAUUUACUCUGAACAGAGUACGGCAUUCCUGAUAAAGUAUCGCUGUUGGUUUACAUUAAUUAGAGUGGGAAGAAGUGUUUAAUUCAUUGUUUGGCAUUGUUUGCAUCUCUUCCGCAAUGAUGCAUACCAAGUUACCAACACGACAUGUAGCUCAAGUUGAAGUUAAUGAAUCCCUUAUAAGCUAUUUGUGUUUCGAUUAAAACAAAAUUAAAUGUUGCUGCCGCCAUUUAUUGCUGUACCCAAAUCUGUCAUUUUUUAUCUCAGCUUUGAAAUUGUAAGGAAUGUAUGAAUUCAUUAGUUGGGCUUCUUUUCUCGUCUUGUGAAAUAACAGCUUUAAAUCAACACUAUUAUAUGAGCCGACACUGAUCACAGUAUUCACUCUGGUUCUUCUCAGUUUGCCCGUCUCUCUGAGGGUGGAUAGAACUUCUGGGUUGUAUUUGGCGUUCUCAAACCGUCCCUAUUUAUUUUUCCUUGUACUAUGGACAAUAAUGUUAAAACACAAAGGAUGUCAAGAAUCAAAUCCAAUACUGUACGAUUAAAAUAAACCCUGAAAAAACAUUUGACUUAGGAGUAUUUUUCUAUGCCUUCGUAACAUUUGAUGAAUAUUUCUGGUCCUUUAGGGACAAUUUCAAGCAAGCACUCCAUCUUUAUUUGAGACAACAGGCUCUGAUAAGAAAAGAAUAACCAGCAAUACAAAAAGUCUUACCCUGUCUGUCGUUCAUAGAAAAGAUGAGCGGUGCAUAACUGCAUAUAUGCUAGCACUCAUACUGCAGAAACUAUUUUCUCUAGUUCUGUCAGGAAAUAACAAGAAAAGCCCCUUUGGCAUCAUUAUUGACUAACUACAUAAACAAAAUUGGGAUAUUUUCCAACAUAUAACAAUAAUACAUCUUAAAUCCAUUAUAAUUCCACAAUAGUCAUAAAAAUUAAAGCUUAUGGGAAUCGCCAAUACAUUGGUACACUUCUAGACUAUUCUGAUCACCAGCCCCACAUCUUUAUUUGUCAUCAGGGAUGUGGGAUUGGACACUGGCUGUCAGGCCACAGGAUAUGGAGAGCACAAGACUUCCCCUCUGUCCCUUUGUGUGCUUCUGUACGGGUCAUGGGGCAUUCCCUUACUCUGCUUCCUGUGUCUUAGCUCCCUGGUGAACAUCACGCGCACUGCAAUCUGCAGGGACCUGUGCACCUGCGAGGGAAGAGAGGAUGCGCUCCAGUACACCAUUGGAGGACACUAGAUCCUCCGACUCUGCCUGGUCCCCAUCAACACAACGCUCGUCCUCUCAGAAGCAAACAUAAACUUGUGCUUUUACCCAACAAGAAUGCACAUAAAUUGAUUUUAUUAUAAAACACCCAAAACAAAACCUUGCAUACAGCCGGUUUAAACCUUUCUACCAGGUACAACUUUAAAAAUUAAUGACGAACCAAGUUGGUUACAAUAGUUAGUAUUCAAAGUUUAAAUUACUUAAUUAGUUUUAUCUACAGAUACGCCUGUUAUACAAUAACUAAGGAAAUUCCUAAAGAAUUAAGAGAGAAAAUGUUGAUGAUGUAUGUCUUUACCCGAUACAAAAUAAACCCUUCAAUCAUUUAAAUCUUAAAAGCUAAACCAAAAUUUGAAUCUAGCGCGUUAACAUUUCAACCUUUUCUUCUGCAUCAUGAGAAAUAAGCAUUAGGCAUGUAAAUUGAGUACAACCCUACAAAAAGUUCCUCCAUGCAGUAAUGGCAAGGGAGGAGUGGGUAGCAUUAAUGUAUGUCUAAUAAUAUGGGCAUGCUAGAUAAUAAUGCAAAAGUACCUUUGCAAUCCCAGAACAGCUUUACAAUUACUUAUUUUUUACCCUGAAAGAAACUUUAGAAUUAUAUAAACUUUGUCUCCCCUCUAACUUCUCUCUCCCUCUGUUGGCAGAGGACCCUUUGAAUUGAUUCAAUUAUUGGGGUGCCAUACAUCUGUGGGUGAGCGGGGGAGUCGUGGGGUGGUCAGUUUGUGGGCUUGUGUAGAUAUUUUCUUGUCAGAGGUCUUUUGUCCUUGUCUUUGUCCUGAGCACUCUCGCUCUCCCUUGUCAUGGAAUAUGACCCUUGGCAGAGAACCUAAGCCCUAGGUGUAUGAGGGUGUGGGGUGUGUGUGUGUGUGUGUGUGGGGUGUGGGGGCGAGGGGCUGAAAGGCCUGCUGUUUAAUGCGCGCCUGACUCCAUUGUAACGGCCCUUUUUGCUUGCCCGUGAGAAAAAGUCCCGAGGUCAAUUUGGGACUACAAAAAUGCACGGUUGUCUGUCACCAUGGCAACCAGAUGUGAAGGACGGUUGCCAUGGGGACAAAAAUCCAACCAUCUGUGUGACACAAUAUGUGUGACAUUUUUUUGGGCCUAAUGUUAUUUCCUUAUCAAAGCUUGUGUUAUUUGAAUACAAUACAGCAUCCACGUGGACCUUGAAAUGUACAUAGGAGAAAACAAGAUUUACAAACAUUUGUAUGGAAGGCAGAAAGGGGAAGAGCAUAGAGAAAACAGGCUCUAGUAUUGAGUUCCCCCAAAAAAUGAAUCAAUGAAAAACGGUAAUGUGGCAAGCAAUAUAAAAUGAGGGGGGGG